GAGAAGGAGGAGGAGGAAGAAGAAAGAGCAUAAGAGGGUGCGCUCCGACUUGAGUGCUCAACAUUCUUUUGGUGCAACUUGCCGUGCUAAAGGAAGUUGUUUUUUUUUUAACUUCAGCUGUGUAUGUGACAACUUCCUCCAAGUACGUUCAAUUGGUCGUUAUGAGCUUGUUGUAACUUUGAAUUAGCUUCCUCCUCCCCGCCCCCAGUGGUGACAGGCAGCAUUGGAAGUUUUGCUUUGGGAUUUGACAAGUUGCGUUUGCUCGUGGCGAUGCAACCGAGCGGCAGCGGCGGCAGUGCGAUGUGGGAAGACUUGAGCUCAGUGUCCAAACAAGUCUACAAUAACCCCAAGGUGAGCCUGCUGAUGAAUUCGAGGGCGGCGCAGUACCUGAGCGGCCACCCGGUGGUGGCGCUGGCUGUCAUCUUCUUCUGCGCCUCAGCCGCUGUGCCCGUUGGACUCUUUGUGCUUUUUGCUGUGGUCACCAUCAUCAUGUCAGCUAUCGGCUUUCUUUUCUUUGAAGGCUUCCUGCUGUUUGUUGGCGCCUUGAGUCUGCUGUGCACCCUGACGGGCUUGGCCUUCUUCUCCGUUGUGGCGUCGUCUGUGAUGGCCGCCUUUUACCUCGCCAUCUCCAACAUCCUCAACUUCUAUUACCCACACCUACAUUGUUGGAUGUUCAGGCCACAAUUGCAGCUUUGGUCAAGUUUGGCUUUUGUGUUGGUGGAAAAACAAAUUUCCAUCACACUUGCAUGAAGUGAUGGCAUUUUGGAGCAUUGGUACUGCCAAGUACUCAAAUGAGCACAAGUACUCGUACUGUGUCUCCAAAAAGAACGUGUUCCUUUGCUGUUUGUGU